AUGCUCAUCCUUUUUCAUAACAGGGUCAACAAGAACUGUGUAAAGUGGGCAGAAACUUACUUUACUGACAAGAUUGUUGGUACCGAAGUAACAAAGGACAAGACCACUGUCAAGAUUACCAGUCUCGAUGAACUCACCGGUGAUGUUGACUUGAACCAGCGUAAAGGAAAGCUAAUCACCAUCUUUGAUGUCGCAUUGACCUAUGGCUGGAAAGGUACUUUGGAAGAUGGCACCGAGGUUUCUGGAAAGAUCUUUAUUCCAGAGGUUGCACACGAUACUGAUUCUGAUGACUAUGUGUUUGAUGUCACCAUUGAUGAUGACAAGCCUGCCAAGCAAGUCGUCCGUGGUCUGAUUAGAAAAGAAUUGGGUCCUAUCUUGGCCGAGAAGCUUGCCCGUUUCUCAGACGAUUUGAUCAAGCAACACAGCUCGGAUGUCUACAUUGAUCCUUCACAACUGGGUCAAGCUGCUCCUCCCAGAGCUGCCCACCCCAACACUAAAGAACACUCUGCUACUCACAUCAACAACACCUCUUCUACUACUGGUGCAGCAGCCAGUUCUGCUUCUGCUCCCAAGAAGGUCAACACUACUACUAUCAAGGAUACAGUUGAAUUCUUGACCUCUGCUAAUGAACUGUACAACACUUUGUUGGAUCCUGGACGCGCAUCAAUCUGGUCUCGAGGACCUGCCAAGAUUUCCGACAAAGUUGGUACCAAGUUUGAGUUCUUCAAUGGAAAUGUAACUGGCGAGAUCCUUGAAUUGGAAAUUGGCAAGAAGAUUGUCGAGUCUUGGCGCUUGAAGUCAUGGCCAGAAGGUCAUUAUUCGACUGUUACUCUUACAUUGGAGCAGAGCAGUGAUUGUGUAAAGUUACACAUGCAGCAGACUGGUGUCCCGGUUGGAGAAGAAGAGUUGACCCGAAACAACUGGAAUGGAUACUACUGGAGAGCAAUCAAAGAGACCUUUGGUUUUGGUGCCAAUUUUUAG